CAAACUUAUCCCGCAAGUGUCUAUAAUGUCGUCGCAGCCGCCAGGAAUUUCCUCCCUUUGCCGAAAAUAUAUCCUUCCUCUGUUCCUGGUGAACAAUGUGCUUGGAAACAGCGGCGGGUUAGCGGCGGCGGAAUCAAGCUCAGGCUAUGCGCAUGGUCAGAGUGUGCCAAUUAGUUGUUUGAACAGGGACAUAGAAACAGGAGAACAUACCACAGACUCAACCGGAAAACUCCAAUACAUCCCCUUCCCAACCUGCAACGAGACAUCCGCCCCGCUCUCUUUCCGCUACGGCAUCUCCGAAACGAUAACUUGCACCAUUCUCUCUCUCCCCGACCCUCUCUAUCAUCUGCUUGAAUACUACGUCCACGCCGACGUUCCAUUAACAUGUCGCGUACCUACUUUCCCGCUCGUUGCCUCCUCUGCACCCGGAGGCACCACCAAAUCUCCAGACCGCAAGCCGCGCAACGACAAAACUGGAAGUGAAGGCGGCAACGGUAGCGAGGAGGAAAUUUCCAGGAAUAAUGGCCUGUUGUCAUCCGCUUCGCAGCCGCCCUUUACGCCCCUGACGAUUGCGCUGCAGGGGACCCUGCAACUAUCCCACCUACACAUCUGGACGGACAUGAAUGUGCUCAUGCACCAGUCUGCGCGGUUAUCUACCGCGGGCUCUGGCUCUAGUUCAAAGAAGUCGGAGAAGUCAAAGAAGGGCAAAACGAAGGGGGAGGGGAAGAAAGGAGAUCGUGAGCAUAAUAAGGGGAUGGAUGCAAUCUUGAUGUUCCCGCGGGGACAGAUUGUGGCCGGAUCAGCAUACUCAAUGCCGAUGGCUGUGGACGCUACCACUGCGGAUGACUACGAUGUGGAGGAUUGGGAUGCAUAUGUCAAGCAGCGGAGGAAGGAGAGAGACAUGUUGAUGGAACCCUGGGCGGCAGAGGGGGGAACGAAGGUCAUUCGUGGCGAGCCGCUUGUGUUCACGUUCCGUGUUGGAUGGGUUUCUAGCGGUGAUGUACUCGGGCUGGUCCAUGCGGAAGAGUCGCUGUCGAAGUCGACGGCGCUGGUGGCUGCUGGUGGGUUUCAGGCGUUAGAUUUUUGA